CAAUAGUUGUGUAAGAAAGUGGAAGAGAAUGGUUCAGACAAAGAAGAAGAAGAAGAUUCACCACAGCGACGACGAUGAAGAAGACGACACUUUCUACUACCGCUACUCCUCCGUCUCAGCACCACCUUCACACCCCACAAAACCUUCUUCCUCCUCCUCCUCCUCAAAACCCCCAGCUCCCACCGGAUCAGGCGGCUUAGCCCCUUCCAAAUCAACGCUCUACGUCUCAAACCUCGACUUCUCCCUAACCAACUCCGACAUCCACACCCUCUUCUCCACCUUCGGAAAAGUCGCUCGAGUCACCGUCCUCAAGGACCGCAACACUCGCCGAUCCCGCGGCGUCGCCUUCGUGCUCUACGUCUCGCGCGACGACGCGGCGAAAGCGGCGCAAUCCAUGGAAGGGAAGAUCCUCAACGGAAGGAAGCUGACGGUUUCGAUCGCCGCGGAUAACGGGAGAGCGUCUGAGUUUAUAAAGAAGAGAGUGUAUAAGGAUAAGUCGAGGUGUUAUGAGUGUGGAGAGGAAGGGCAUCUUUCGUAUGAGUGUCCGAGGAAUCAGUUGGGGCCUAGGGAGAGACCGCCGCCUCCGAAGAAAAGGGGAAGGAGGAGGGAGGAGGAGGAAGGAGAGGGUGAGGGUGAGGAUGCUAGAGAUUGGUCGGGGAAGGAGGUGAUGGAGGAGGGGUUUGGUGAGGAUAAUUGGGCUUCUGUGGUGGAUAAUGAAGCUGGGGAGAGGCUGAGGAUGAGAGAGGCGGAGGAAGAGGAAGAGAGGAGGAGGAAGAGGAAGGAGGGUGAAGGGAAGAAAGUUAGUUACUUUAGUGAUGAGAGUGAUGAUGAAAAUUGAUGAAAACUCAGUAACAAGGUUGAUCCCUGAGUGUGGAUCACUAGAAAAAAGACAACUCUUUACAGUUGUUGAUUUGAAGAUUACAUCUUUGUUCAUCAAUGAAUAUCAGCUAUAUGAUGACUCAUGUUUAUCCAAGUGACUAGAUUUAAGUUCUUGAUUCUAACUUUACAUUAUUCUGCAAACGAUCUGUAUUGCCAACUUAUAUAGGAAACUUGAGAAACUCCAAAGCUGUCCUGUUGUUCAUCCUUAGUAUAAACCGGUCUGUAUUAGAGAAGACGUGUUUUGAUUGUUUUAUUAUGUGUCAGUAUUGAAGACAGUAGCUGAAACUAGCGACUUUGGUGCAACAUUUUUUGGAGAUUUUUACUAACCAUCAACUCCUGAUCACCCAUGAUUUCUUCUAUUAAUUCUGAGACAGGUUUUGACCAUAAGCUGCUAACACAGCUUGUUCUAGCCUGCAUUUGAUCCACAAAGCUUUUUUUUUAAAGAUAUGCUUUGAAUUCUUUACUGUUUUUGUUUCUUAAAGUAACUUUUGUAUAUGAGGAAGG